GUUUUGUCGACUAUUUUGGACGAGGAUAUAGUGAUCAGUGGAAUGGGUGGUCGGUAUCCAGAGUCUAACUCUACCGAUGAGUUCGCACACAAUCUGUUUAAUGGGAUCGAUAUGAUUACCGAAGAUAAUAGACGCUGGCCUACAGGUCUGACUAUUAUUUUGAAUUAUGCCUGCUCUAAUUUGUUUGGAAUGAACCCUCGAAUGGGAAAAUUGAAAAGCAUUGAGAAGUUUGACGGACUUUUCUUUGGGAUUAUGAACACAAUGUCCGAUGUUAUUGAUCCCCAAUCGAGAAUGGCUUUGGAAACUACAUAUGAGUGUAUCAUCGACGCCGGUAUCAACCCCCAGACCCUUCGUGGCUCAGACACCGGAGUGUAUAUCGGGUUCUCAACGUUCGGAAUGCCCGACGGAACCCCCGAAGACGUGAUGCCGGACUCGCAGAAUAACAUGACGGAGACAUUGCUGUGGUUACCCGGAUCACAGAAAUGUCUUUAUGCCAAUCGCGUGUCGUUUGUGUUUGACUUCAAGGGUCCCUCAAUGAUCAUCGACACGGCCUGCUCUUCCAGUUUGGUGGCACUCAAUCAGGCCGUCAAUGAUAUGAGACUUGGCAAAUGUCGUCAGGCAAUAGUGGGCGGAACGCAGAUAUGUCUUCAGCCCUUCUCUAACCACAUCUUUCAGUCGACGCGUUUGAAUGCAAUGGACGGCAUUCCCAAAGUAUGGGACGAAAAGGCCGACGGAUUUGUGAGGGGAGAGACUGUUUGCUGUUUCCUUUUGCAACGCAAAUCAGAGGCAAAACGUAUUUAUGCGACAGUUUUGAACUCAGGAGUGAAUAUCGACGGCAACAAAAGGAUGGGAAUGUUUUACCCGUCGGCUGAGAGUCAGGAGGAGCUCAUGAUUAAAGUGUAUGAAGAGGCAGACGUGGAUCCCUUGAAAGUCAACUAUUUUGAAGCUCACGCCACAGGAACUAAGGUAGGAGAUCCUCAGGAAGCAAAAGCCAUAUACAACGCAUAUUGUGGUAAACCUGAACGGAAGGGCACUCUGAAUGUGGGACUACUGAAGAGCAACAUCGGUCACGCGGAGGGCGCUUCUGGUCUGUCGUCCGUAACCAAAGUGUUGAUUGCAUUUGAAAAUGAAUGCAUUCCUCCGAACCUCCACUUAACCAACAUUAAGGCUAACAUUAAGGAGUUUUGUCCCCCUCUGAGUCCUGUCGUCAAAAAUACCAAAUAUACUCCGGGUAUCGCUGGAGUGAACAACUUUGGAGUGGGAGGUGUGAACGCAAACGUAUUGCUUGAACCAAAUUAUAAAGUUUGUGACGAGAAUAGCAUUAAGAUUGCGGACACUAUUCCCAGGAUUGUUAACAUUUGCUGCAGAACUGAGGAGGCGUUGAACGAUGUGUUUAAGUUCAUUGAGAAUAAUCCCGACAAAAUAACCAGGGACUUUCUGGCACUUAUGGCCGAAACUAUGAGAAUUCAGCCCUCACUCAACUCAAGUGGAUUCCCAUUUAGAGGAUCAAUUAUUAUGAAGCAGUUGAAUGACAAUCAAUACGAGUAUAAAAAGCAGUCGUCAAUGUUUACACUGAAAACCCAAAGACCCGUAUAUUUCUUGUUCCCGGGUUUGGGAGGACAGUGGGUCGGUAUGGCUAAGGCUUUGAUGCCAAUCAAGAUCUUCGCCGAUAAGAUAGAGGAAUGUCAUGAAAUACUCAAACCCUAUGACAUAGACUUAAAACACCUUCUCUUGUCUGAUGACAAGAACUCGAUGUCUAAUAUGACAAACAAAUUCUGUGCGACAACUGCUAUAGAGAUAGCGUUAUGUGAUGUCAUUCAAGCUCUUGGGAUAAUUCCGGACGGAAUUAUGGGUCACUCUUUCGGUGAAAUAGCGGCCGCUUAUGCCGACGGAUGUCUNAAAGUGUAUGAAGAGGCAGACGUCGAUCCCUUGAAAGUCAACUAUUUUGAAGCUCACGCCACGGGAACUAAGGUAGGAGAUCCUCAGGAGGCAAAAGCCAUAUACAACGCAUACUGUGGUAAACCUGAACGGAAGGGCACUCUGAAUGUGGGACUACUGAAGAGCAACAUCGGCCACGCGGAGGGCGCUUCUGGUCUGUCGUCUGUAACCAAAGUGUUGAUUGCAUUUGAAAAUGAAUGCAUUCCUCCGGCUCUCCACUUAACCAACAUUAAGGCUAACAUUAAAGAGUUUUGUCCCCCACUGAGUCCUGUCGUCGAAAAUACCAAAUAUACUCCGGGAGUGAAUAUCGACGGCAACAAAAGGAUGGGAAUGUUUUACCCGUCGGCUGAGAGUCAGGAGGAGCUCAUGAUUAAAGUGUAUGAAGAGGCAGACGUCGAUCCCUUGAAAGUCAACUAUUUUGAAGCUCACGCCACGGGAACUAAGGUAGGAGAUCCUCAGGAGGCAAAAGCCAUAUACAACGCAUACUGUGGUAAACCUGAACGGAAGGGCACUCUGAAUGUGGGACUACUGAAGAGCAACAUCGGCCACGCGGAGGGCGCUUCUGGUCUGUCGUCUGUAACCAAAGUGUUGAUUGCAUUUGAAAAUGAAUGCAUUCCUCCGGCUCUCCACUUAACCAACAUUAAGGCUAACAUUAAAGAGUUUUGUCCCCCACUGAGUCCUGUCGUCGAAAAUACCAAAUAUACUCCGGGAGUGAAUAUCGACGGCAACAAAAGGAUGGGAAUGUUUUACCCGUCGGCUGAGAGUCAGGAGGAGCUCAUGAUUAAAGUGUAUGAAGAGGCAGACGUCGAUCCCUUGAAAGUCAACUAUUUUGAAGCUCACGCCACGGGAACUAAGGUAGGAGAUCCUCAGGAGGCAAAAGCCAUAUACAACGCAUACUGUGGUAAACCUGAACGGAAGGGCACUCUGAAUGUGGGACUACUGAAGAGCAACAUCGGCCACGCGGAGGGCGCUUCUGGUCUGUCGUCUGUAACCAAAGUGUUGAUUGCAUUUGAAAAUGAAUGCAUUCCUCCGGCUCUCCACUUAACCAACAUUAAGGCUAACAUUAAAGAGUUUUGUCCCCCACUGAGUCCUGUCGUCGAAAAUACCAAAUAUACUCCGGGAGUGAAUAUCGACGGCAACAAAAGGAUGGGAAUGUUUUACCCGUCGGCUGAGAGUCAGGAGGAGCUCAUGAUUAAAGUGUAUGAAGAGGCAGACGUGGAUCCCUUGAAAGUCAACUAUUUUGAAGCUCACGCCACGGGAACUAAGGUAGGAGAUCCUCAGGAAGCAAAAGCCAUAUACAACGCAUACUGUGGUAAACCUGAACGGAAGGGCACUCUGAAUGUGGGACUACUGAAGAGCAACAUCGGCCACGCGGAGGGCGCUUCUGGUCUGUCGUCUGUAACCAAAGUGUUGAUUGCAUUUGAAAAUGAAUGCAUUCCUCCGGCUCUCCACUUAACCAACAUUAAGGCUAACAUUAAAGAGUUUUGUCCCCCUCUGAGUCCUGUCGUCCAAAAUACCAAAUAUACUCCGGGUAUCGCUGGAGUGAACAACAGCCACGCGGAGGGCGCUUCUGGUCUGUCGUCUGUAACCAAAGUGUUGAUUGCAUUUGAAAAUGAAUGCAUUCCUCCGAACCUCCACUUAACCAACAUUAAGGCUAACAUUAAAGAGUUUUGUCCCCCACUGAGUCCUGUCGUCGAAAAUACCAAAUAUACUCCGGGUAUCGCUGGAGUGAACAACUUUGGAGUGGGAGGUGUGAACGCAAACGUAUUGCUUGAACCCAAUUAUAAAGUUUGUGACGAGAAUAGCAUUAAGAUUGCGGACACUAUUCCCAGGAUUGUUAACAUUUGCUGCAGAACUGAGGAGGCGUUGAAUGAGGUGUUUCAGUUCAUUGAGAAUAAUCCCAACAAAAUAACCAGGGACUUUCUGGCACUUAUGGCUGAAACUAUGAGAAUUCAGCCCUCACUCAACUCAAGUGGAUUCCCAUUUAGAGGAUCAAUUAUUAUAAAGCAGUUGAAUGACAAUCAAUACGAGUAUAAAAAGCAGUCGUCAAUGUUUACACUGAAAACCCAAAGACCCGUAUAUUUCUUGUUCCCGGGUUUGGGAGGACAGUGGGUCGGUAUGGCUAAGGCUUUGAUGCCAAUCAAGAUCUUCGCCGAUAAGAUAGAGGAAUGUCAUGAAAUACUCAAACCCUAUGACAUAGACUUAAAACACCUUCUCUUGUCUGAUGACAAGAACUCGAUGUCUAAUAUGACAAACAAAUUCUGUGCGACAACUGCUAUAGAGAUAGCGUUAUGUGAUGUCAUUCAAGCUCUUGGGAUAAUUCCGGACGGAAUUAUGGGUCACUCUUUCGGUGAAAUAGCGGCCGCUUAUGCCGACGGAUGUCUGAACACCAGAGAAGCACUUUUGGUAACCUAUUACAGAGGAGUUGUGACCGAAAGCGAUAAGAAAAUACCGAAAGGACUGAUGGCUGUCGUCGGGCUGUCCUGGAAUGAGGCGAAGAAGUUGUGUCCAAAGGGGACGAGUGUUGUCUGUAAUAACGGAAAGGAAGAGGAGUUGUGA